UUGGAAACAAACUGUACGUGAACUUUUGCUUCGAGAGCGAUUUUCCGGAUUCGGAAAGUUUUUAACUGAAAUCUUUUAUGUAUUUGGUUGAGUUACUGUGAACUAUAAAAGUAACUAUAACAAGAAGAAUGGCGUUAAUACCGUAUUUGUUUGACGAGUUGCGACCACGUCGCGUUCGCGAUCAAUUAUUCGGACUAGAUUUGGCCGACGAACUUUUGACUGACGUCUUCGACCGUCCGAAAAUCCAACUUCGCCAGUACGUUCGGCCGUGGCGGAAUCUAUUAGCGUUGGCAAGAGACGUGGGGUCGACCAUCAAGAGCGACAAGGACAAGUUCCAAGUUAACAUCGACGUGCAGCACUUCGACCCUGAGGAGAUCUCGGUGAAGACGGCCGACGGUUACGUAGUUGUUGAAGGGAAGCACGAGGAGAGAAAGGACGAGCACGGUUUUAUUUCGAGGCAGUUUAAGCGCAGGUACGCUUUGCCUGAAGGUUGCAACCCGGAAACUGUCGAGUCCCGGCUAUCUUCCGACGGUGUUUUGACAGUAGUCGCGCCGAAAGCUACAGCUGGAUUGAAAGACGAGCGUGCUGUACCUAUCACGCAUACGGGACCAGUACGUAGGAAGGCUCAGGAUGAAGAGCAAAAUGGAGAUGUAGAAGAGGAAGCGAAAACGCCCCAGAAGAAACGUAGUAGGCGUUAAUUGAUUAGUUUAAGU